AUGGCCUAUGUCUACAUGAAUGCAUACAUGACUAUCUCCGCGACUUCAGCGAUUGAUGGCGAUGGAGGGUUCUUGAUCCCACGGCGGGCACCGUCGUUCUCCGUCUCAUUGCUUUACAUGUCCUCAGUAUCCGGUAUCUCAGACGGCAGUUGGACAGAUCACAACCAGACCACCGUUGCACGAGAAAAGUCUAGUGCCGCACGUUACCAUUUGCUGGAGGUCAAAUCUCAUUUCAAUGUACCAACACGACGAGUACUGCCCUCAAACAGAAUUAUCUCCGGGUUCUUGAACCAACGCCACUAUCACGCCGUCUGCGGACUUUAUGCACCUAUCACUAUCCUCAGCGACGCCCACAUCGCCAAGAUCGGCAAGUUCGCGAUGCAAGUCAUUGCCCCGCUCCGCCACGUGAGUCGUCUAACCUCGAGGCCGGGUAAUUUGGUGAAAAUGGCGUCAACGAAGACAUCGAGGAAAGCAUAUCCGUUAUUGAAUACCUACGGCUAG